ACAUUCAGGGACAUUCAGGGAGGGUGUCCGACCUCCCGCGCUCGGGUGGCAGCCUCCCGGGAGGUCCCCGUUGUCGCGGUUACCGGGAGCUAGAGCUGCGUUCCACGGGCACAUUCCGCAGCUUCCCAGCAGGCCGCGCACCUGCGGCGCACCUCCAGCCAUGGCGUAGGGCCCCACCUCGGGCCGUUCCCGGCGCCAGGGCCCCAUUCCCGGAGCCGGGAUGCCGUCCCUGCCGCAGGACUCGCCCGCCGCGGGCUUGGGGACGGGGUUCCCCAUGGUGAGGGGCCCCCCCUCCGAGCUCCUGGGCUCCUACGUCACCACCUACGAGGCGGCCUUUGGGAAGAGGCCCACGGGGUCACCCCAAAAGUUCAAGGAAGGGCGCGUUUUGGGGAUUGAGCCCCCCGGUGACAGGAGCAUCCGCCCCCUCCUCGGCGUCCACACCGGCUCGGGAUACGUCGUCAACAACUACUCGGCGCUCAGAUCCCUGAUCUCCCCGCAUGUGGAGCGCCAGGACACCGACAUUUCCACCACCUCCGAGGACUUCAAGGUCUUCGGGCGCCCAGAGUACCAAAGGAUCUUGCCCGAGUGCGUGGAUGAGCCGCAGUGUCCGUAUCCCGCUGGCUUCUCCUUUUCCCGCCUCCGAUUCGGGGAGGUGAGAGCCCCGGGAGCAUCCGGGGAAUAUGGCAUCCAGAGCCCCUGCGCCAGUCCCGCCAAGCCAGAUGUCCCACCGAGGGCGAUGGAGCUGUCGGGCUGCACCGGGAUCGCCCCGAGGAGUGACCUCACCCUGCCAGAGCAGCCCCACCCCCCAGCCUGCCAUGGGCCACCCUGCCCCCUUCGCCCCUCCGGAGCUCCAGGUGGCACCCAAGGGAGUCACUACCGUGAAGGUGGGUGCAGCCGUGUCCCCUGUCCCCAUCCCUUUUCCCAAGGAACCACGCUCCCAACCCGCUGCAUCCCUCAGAAGCCGCUGGCGUACUGCACUGUGCACAACCGGUACCUGACCGAGCUCUCGCCGCUGGCCCCCAUAGCCCCGGUUGGAUGUUACCGUCACAUGAAGAAGAGAGAACCUGAACAAGAUCACGGCUACGAGCUCUAGAGUUAAAAAUGAACACACAAACCCCCGGGGAGCCCGACCGCGGACGAGGAAUCCAGCCUGGAAAAGCGGGGUGCCCAAGGGGCCGUGGGGGGGCACCCGGCUUGGCACAGCCCUGGCCCUGCCACCUCUUCCCCAGGCAUGUAAGUCUCUUCUUUUAUGUUAAAAAAAGAGAGAAUAUGACAAAAAUACAAAUGUCCCUAAAAGCGUUGUUAUUACUGUAAUAGCAGUAUUAUGACUUCUCUCCAGAUUGUCCAAAAUCGUCUAAAUUGGGGCUGUGGGAGCUGCUGGGAGCCAAGGUUGCCACGGGGGGAGCAGGAAGACUGAGGAUGAUCUGGCGUCUGCCACGGAGAGCCACCACCGACCCCCUUGUCACCCCUGCGGGGCUCCCAGGUGGGUCUGUCCCUGUUUUUGGGGGUCCCAGGGAGUGGGAGGGGGUCUGGCGUGUGCAUCCCAGGGCUCCGUGGGGAUGCUGCUGCUGGCACUGAUCCUGCCAGGCUGGCUGUCCCAAGGAAUGCCACCAGCCCAGGGAAUGUCACCUGCCCUCGACGGGGACAACAGCACUCGCUCCACCCUUUAUCCCCAGGGGUGGGCACGGGGCGCCCGGAGCAGCCCGGCUGGAAGAGGACCCUGUGGAGCUCUGCAUUCCCCCGAGGGGCCCCUUCCAGCCCGGGCUGGUGGGGGAGGGCAGGACCGGGGUCCCCAGGGCGGCUUAGGGACCCCCCCCCCUCCCGCCGAAACCCAAGUCGGAGGUAAAGCAUCGAACCCGGCUGAAGGCAGUGCACGGAGGAGCCCGCUUUGGAUAAGGAACUGUGUCAUGGCUUCCGAUCCCAGGAAAAGGGGCUGUCCCCUCCCCUCGGUGUCCCCCGCCCGCCCCGGGAGACUGGAGGGGGUGCGGGGGGAGGGGGUGGGUCAGGGGGGCUCCGUGGCUCCGCUGGCGGCUCCCAGAGGUUCUAUGGAGCUGAAAGGGGAGGGAGGAGGGUCCCUCUUGCACCCGCAGCCUGACCCCUGAAAUGGGGGGGGGCGAGGCCGGGGAGGGGCCGAGGGGCUCCGGGAGCAGGGCUGGAAGCACUCGCAGAAGUCCUGCCCGGUGGUGGGAAUAGGGAUGGGGAGGGGGGGACAUCG